GGUAAAAUUAUAAGUUUGUUUAUUUGUGAUUCACACUGAUUAUGUUCUAAUACAUGUACCUUACCACUAAACAUCUAAAUGCUCAGGUGAAAUUCUUGUAUCCUGAUGAAUAUCUAUGUUUGGACAUUUGUGAAUGAACAUGAAUGGAAUACCUGAGGGUGGGAUGACUAAUUAACAGUGUUUAAUAUAUUGAUUAUAAAGUAUUGAUGUUUGGAAAAGGAUAUGUAUAAAUAAGGAAUUGAAACUAGAGAGCUAAAAAUGUAAACUUUGUAUGUGAAGAUGACUGUUGCUGUGACAACAGGUUUGUUGUCCCAGUCGACUGCUGUAGCUGUUGGUGGUCUGGUUUCCUGUGUUGUACUGUUUGUACUGGUUCUACUUUGUGUUUGUGGAGACAGUGACAAAAGGAAAGAAGAUGAAAUAGCAGAUAUUGGCAAAAGUGUAGGUGGUACUUUUAUCAAAAAUGAAUCCUUGGACCCCCAGAGUGUAGUUAUCAAUGUUGAUAAUGGGGUAACACCAGUAGAAAAUGGUCAUUUACCACCAGAACCGGGGUCAAGAAGUUCCUACAGAAGUUCUGGUUCUUCACCUCAGCCUGGUGGACAACGGGAAUUACCAGCGCCACCUACAUCCUCUUUAAAUUCCUCCCUCAAAACAGGAGAAGAUGAGGAGGAUGAAGAUGCUGAUUAUGAUCAUCUUACUACAUCUAAAACUUCAGCCAAGCGUGCCUCAAAUUAUGACCACAUUAAGAUGUCUGCCGAGGGAAAAGUUCAAGUAGAAGAACAUAAAACCUCAGAACAUUUUUACAGUGAAGUGAAAUCCAAGAAAGAGAAAGACAAUGUGAUGAUUGAUCGGCCAUUAUCUAGUGCUAAUAAAGUGGCAGAGGAUGAAGAAGGAGAUUAUGAUACUCUUAAUGAAGGAAGUGAUGGCUCAGUGGCAGAGGUCAAAAGAGUGUCAGUUAUCAAGGUUAAAUCAAUUGAGGAUCCAUAUGCUAAAUUGAAAGAGGAAGGUUCUGGUGGAAGCUUUACUGACAUUGAUCCUUAUUCCAAGGUCAAGGACGAUCCUUACUCAAAGUUUAAAGAUGACUUUGAAUCAGAUUCGGGUCAAAGUUUUAAUCCAUAUUCCAAAGUAAAGGAUGAUCCAUAUUCCAAAGUUAAAGAUGAUCCUUAUUCCAAAGUGAAAGAUGAUCCUUAUUCUAAAAUGAAAGAUGAUCCUCAAUAUUCUGGGGUCAAAGAUUAUGACCCUUAUAAUAGAGUUGAUGAUGAUAUUGAUUCACUAGCCAAUAGUCAGAUUGAGGAUCCGUAUAAUAAAGUGAAUGAAAGAGACAUGGAAAGUGGUGCUUCAGGAACAUCUACAGUUAUUGAUGCAUAUGCAUCAGUAGAACCAAAGUCUUCAAGAACCAAUCAAGUCACAAGGAUAAAUGUUACAAAAAGUGCAAAUAUAUCACACAAUGGAACAGAGUUUAAUAUUGUGGAAAAUUCCACCAAUGAAUAUGCUGUGGUGAUGAAGUCGAGGUCUGACACAACACCUACACCUACCUCACAACAUCCAUUUACUUUCCAGUCCCAGGAAACUGAUCCUUACAUGUUACCUCCAGAACCUCCAAGAAGAUAUAAUGAGUAUGCUGAGCCUGAUGAUGCUAUACUUGGUGGAGCAGGGUCACAAAGGUCAUCAGUUCAAGGAGAUUCACAGAGGUCUUCAAUGGUGCAGAUUAGUUCACAAAGGUCAUCAUUGGUGCAGAUAGGUUCACAAAGGUCAUCAUUAGUACAGAGUGAUUUGUCAUCACCAGAUCAAGCAGUUGCACCUGGUGCAGGUGCAGCAGGAACAACACAGCAGACCUCACAGAAAAGAGAACCACCAUAUCACAAGAUAACAGCUAGAGAAUCCUUAGCUAGUAUCAACCAAAGAUUGGCCAGAAAUACUUACGAAACUGUAGCUGAAACUGAGGCUGAUGUACAGGCAGAAGCUGUAACGUUACCAUUAUUGGAAAACUUCUACGCAACAGUUGAAGGUGGCUCUGGAGAUGGUGUUGUUACUAAUCAAGGUAACCAUGGUAGCAGGAAUAGAUUAAAUCAAUCUCCAAGUAUGGACCAUUACGCUGAAAUAGGUGCAACAGGAGGACGUUCAAGUAAUGUUCCUGCCCCUCCUUCCCUGGACAGUUUACACAUAAUGACUAAAUCAGCUGAUGGAAGACUACCAAAUGGAGCUGGCUCACCAGUAGAGAGUAACUCUAAUCACAGGAGGACCUUGUCUAACCAGGAGACGGUAACUCUGGAUCCUAAUUACCAGACUGUGAGAGACUGUAUAUCUGACAUGGCAGCGUCAGCAGAUCCUAAUUAUGAAAGUGUUCAAGAAGCAGAAUCUAAGCGACCUUUUAGUAUUGUGACAAAACAAAAUGGAACCAAGUUAAUUAGAGAACACUAUUAUGAGGAAGUCAAGCCUGCAAGUGAAGCAGACAAUGUAAAGAAAAGAGUUCUGAGGAGUCAUAUGUAUGAAGACAUUGAUGAUGUGAAGGAACAAAAGAAACAAUUGAAAAAAAAUCCAAAACCUGAUGAUGUGUGGAAAAGAAGAUCUGAUGCAGAAAAUAGUUAAUUGUAUUUAUGUAAACAAUUUAUAUUCAAUUUAACACUCUACUUAUUAACAGUUUUAAAAAAAAUAGUAUAUAAAGCAGUUUUUUGUUGUUAAAUAUUUGGUUGUCACACUUAACAUUUAAAUUGUCUGUUGUCAAACAUACUGUAACUUUGUUAUAUGAAGUGUUGCAGGACUGUUAAUCAUAGGAAGGGGGGUUACUCUAUAUUAAAUGACUUUUUGCUGUGCAGUAUAAGAAACAUGGUUUUUAUUAUAAAGGUUGAUAAUUAAUUUAUUUUUUAAUUUUCUUUGAAUUUUACAAAGCAAGUUUUAUUAAUUCUUUUUUGAUAGUUGUUAGUGAAGAUGAUUUCAAGGUUGACUGUAAAAUGUAAAAAGUGUCAGAAUCAAACAUUUUUAAUUUUCUAUUAGAAAGAAACAAGUCUUGUGAUCUUCUAGAUUUUGAGUAAAAUGACUCUGUUUAAGUCUGUAAGGUCAAAAACAAAAUUAAUGAAAAGUAUUUGUUUCAAUCAGAAUGUAAGUGGUUGUCAUUUCCCUUUAGAUUGUCAUCUUCAUCUUUCCCCAGAUUUCCCUGUUGUUACAGUAUUAUCUACAAUCUUUGAUUUUCUUCAGGAAUAUCACAAAACGUUUUUCAGACUCUUUUUUAUUUAAAAUUCUGUUUUUGCCAUUGAACAACAUGGUUGUGUUAAUUUAAUCAAUGUUCUUUCUUUUUUUGUACAUCUAUGUUAGAUUUAUAUUUAUUCUUUUAUACAUAAUUAUGUGUGAUCAUAAAAUAUCACGGACACAAUUUCUCUGUUUUUAUCAGAUUCAACUAAUUUCUAACAUGUGAACACUGGAAUUUUAUAAAUGUUGUUCAAAUUUUUUUGAAAAUAGGUAUGAAUGCAUUAAAUAUCCACAGGUUUGCAAUCUAAACAUUUCUUGUAUGAGCCUCUUAUUUGCCAAUCAAAUUACAUUGAAACUUCAAUCAUCGUUCAACUAAAAAAUGGUGCAAAUUAAGCAUUUAUUUUGGCAUAACUGAAAUAUAACCUUGUGGCACUACUAAAAUACUGCAUUUUUCAAAUGUUAUUGAUAUUUAUGAUGACCAAUGUUCACAGUGUAUAUCACAUCCUGAUUGCAUCAGCAGUAUUUUUUACAACAUUUUCAAUAUUUUAGUUUUCUGCAUAAUAAAUUGUUUUAUAUAUCUUUUACAAAUGUAAUAUUUUUUUAUUGACAAUUUUUUGAUGCAUUAAUGUUUUUCUUUUGGAUUCUUUGAUUUACUUUACAAUCUUAUUUUUUAUUUGAUUAACAUCUUCUCAUUGAAAACUAUUUAUAAGAUCACACACAGGCUGUGUUUUUUUUUGUUAGACACAACAAUUUUCUUUUUUCCUUACUUUUAAUUUUUUAAAUUUUGAUAGAAUCAUGGGAAAUACAAUCAAAUUACCUAUCCAUAUUUAUUAUGAUAGUUUGAUUGUAACAUUAAUACUGCAAUAGCAUUUCUUGAUAUAUGAAAAAAUUUAGUCCAAGUUAGUAAACUGUAUAGGGGAGAUAACUCAACUAGAAUUUUCAAAAUUCUGAAUAUUUCUAAGAUUUUGUAUACACAUUCAAAGUCUAUUUAAUGACUUUGGACAAUUUUAGACACAUUUUGAUAAUAUUGCAUUAAUAUGUUUGAUACAUCUUUUGCAAAGACUGUAAUGUUAUGAGCUUUGAAUCGCCUGACAAAAUUUUUAAAUUGUAAUGUAAGACUUCUAAUUUACUCUAACCUAGUUGCUACCACUUCUGAGUCAAUCAGUUACUUGUUAAUUGUUUUAAUGAUCUAGAUUCAAUGAUCUAGAUGCAUAGAGAAAUGUUUUGUCAAUGUCUGCUUUACCAUAAUAAGGAAAUUUAGUUUAAAUUUUAGUCCACCUACAUCUUACUCUCAAUUGAAUGAAAGUGUUGCAUGAAGAGCAGCAGCUAAGUUAUGGGUGAUAAUAUUUCAUUUUGUCACACUUUCUAGAAUGCUAUCAAAUGGCCUUGUCAGUCUGUAUUGUUUGCAUUGGAAAAUUAAUUACCGUGAUGUUUCAUUGAUUUACAAGAAAAGUAAUAUAGAUCCAUUUCUUUUGUAUUUUUGAUGCUGCAUUGAAGUUUAUGAUAAAAUCAAUCAGGUCAACAGAUAAAUCAUAUUCUUGUAAAAAAUAUCAGGUCUAAUUCUACAAACAGUUUAAAACAACAUUUCUAUGAAAUAAGAUUAUUUUGCACAACAUACUUAAACAUGUCAUACUUCUGCAACUGUAAAUCUGUUUAGGUUUAUACAUUUGUAAUUCUUAUUUACUGUUUCUUUUGAAAAUACUGCUUGUAUUUAUUAUUGUAAUUAUAACUAGUGAUAAAAAAUGAUAGCUUAAUAAAAAAUAAAGUGAUUUCAUGAAAUGCUCCAUACAAAUAAGGCAAUCAAACAUGAAACACUCCAUACAAAUAAGGCAAUCAAAAUUGAAAAUGCUAGUUUUGAUUAAUGUGUGACCAAUCAUUUUGCAAUUCAUAUAAAAAGGUGCAAAUAAUUCUUAAGACAAUAGUUGAAAUAAUCAACUUCUCAAUUCACACUAUUUCGAAAGAACAUAGUAUAUUUAAUAAUGCCUAGUUCUACCAACUAUAUCUACUUAAAACAAAUUGCUUAUUCUACAAUCAUAAAUUGAUUAUAAUCCUGGUACCUUUGAUAACUUUUUGAUAACUGAGAAUGCAUAUUUUUUAUGGUUGACUUGGAUUUACCUCUGUCUAAGGCUAAGUCAAAAUUUAAAUUUAAGAUAAAUAUAUCUUUGGUUUCGUGGAUAAUUAAAAAAAAAAAUGGACUUACAAAGACAAUUUAAGUAUGUAUUAUUCUGUUUCUGAUACAAAAUUAGUUCUCUGUUCUGGUCUGUUUUGUCUAGUUUCAUAUACAGUUAAACCAGUAUCUAGAGGUAUUUAUCUGAGACCUACAUUAGAGUUGCCAUGGAUCAAUGUACAGUGCAAUAACCAGCAUCUAUACCUAUGUAUUGCUUUAAAUAACAAAAUGAUAGAAUUAGAUGUAGACUAAAUGUUGUGAAAUACUUAGAAAUACAUUAAUUUAUAUGUAAUUUAUAAUUGUUUGGCUCCAAUUUUAACCUAACAUGAUAGUUUUAUUUAUUUAUUUGUAGUUUUAGUAUUGUAUUUAUGAGGUUCUUUGAGAUGAUUUCAUAGUUGUUUUUUAUGGAAAUUAUUUUGUUGAUUUGGGUUGUUUGUUUAUUUCGUACGCUGACCAACCAUUAAUUAAUCAUUUUAUAAAAAUGUAAUUUAUGUUAGAUUUAUAAGUUUUUUUCAAAGUAAAAAAAGAAGUCUCUUUGAUAAUAUCAAUAAUGUUUCUCAUAAAACUGGUAACUAAAUGAUAUUGAAAACUAAUUGAUUUUAAAUGCUUUUUAAAAAUAACUUCAUGUAUGUACAUAUUUUGACAAAUUUUGCAUUCAUAAUGGGAGAUAACUCCAAAUAUCCUGAUCUAAUACCUGCAGACUUAUACUACAAAGUGACACAAACCCAGUAAUCAGGGAUUAAGUUUACAGGAUUUUCUUUAUGCAUAGUAAAAUAAUUGAAAGUUCAUCUAUGAUUUAGCUUCAUUAGGCAUUAAUAAAACUUAAGGGUAAUUUUGGAAAUUUAUGAUUUUUUUUAAAUUUUAUUUUCAUGGUGUGAAUUUUGAAAGUAGAGCUCAUUUCCUGCAUUUAAAAUGUUCUUGACCAUCCUGAUCAAUCAUGUUAGACAAGUUUUGUUAUAUUUUUCAAGCACAAAGAUAGGUCUAUUGCAGUAAAAUGUUUGUAGACAGUCUUUUUAUUGUUUUAGCUUUACAUAUCAAUAAGUUCCUAUUUAUACCAUUAUGUUCAUUUUCCAUUAAUCAGAAUUUCAUUCAUAAGAAUUAAUUGAUAUUAUUGAGAAUAUCACUAUUGUUAUCAGUCUUUAAUUGAUGUAAUCCAGGAAUAAAACUGAUUAAAACACAAAUUUUGAUAGUAAA